AUGUCAGCUCAAUCUGAAGGAAAUUAUGCAGAAGCUUUACAGAAUUAUUAUGAGGCUAUGCGACUGGAAAUAGAUCCCUAUGAUCGAAGAGAACAGGCCAUUCGACAGGGAGACUCAGAAGUUGCGGAGUCUUGGUUUAAUCAAGCCGCUGAAUACUGGAAACAAGCUAUAGCCCUUACCCCCGGUAAUUAUAUUGCAGCACAGAAUUGGUUGAAGAUCACAGGGCGUCUCUUUGUAUGUGUUGUCCGGAAAGAGGAGGACUCAAUGAUUAUUCGUUCACCGGAACCAGAAGUUAAAAUUUUGGUAGAUAGGGAUCCUAUAAAAACUUCUUUUGAGGAAUGGGGAAAACCUGGUCAUUUCUCAAGAACAAUAGCUAAGGGACCUGAUACUACUACUUGGAUCUGGAACCUACAUGCUGACGCUCAUGAUUUUGAUAGCCAUACUAAUGAUUUAGAGGAGAUUUCCCGAAAAGUUUUUAGUGCCCAUUUCGGCCAACUCUCUAUGAUCUUUCUUUGGCUGAGUGGCAUGUAUUUUCAUGGUGCUCGUUUUUCCAAUUAUGAGGCAUGGUUAAGUGAUCCUACUCACAUUAGGCCUAGUGCUCAGGUGGUUUGGCCAAUAGUGGGUCAAGAAAUAUUGAAUGGGGAUGUAGGGGGAGGGUUCCGAGGAAUACAAAUAACCUCUGGUUUUUUUCAAAUUUGGAGAGCAUCUGGAAUAACUAAUGAAUUACAACUCUAUUGUACUGCAAUUGGUGCAUUGGUCUUUGCAGCCUUAAUGCUUUUUGCUGGUUGGUUUCAUUAUCACAAAGCUGCUCCAAAAUUGGCUUGGUUCCAAGAUGUAGAAUCUAUGUUGAAUCACCAUUUGACAGGGCUCCUAGGGUUGGGUUCUCUUUCUUGGGCAGGACAUCAAAUACAUGUAUCUUUACCAAUUAACCAAUUUCUAAAUGCUGCAGUAGAUCCCAAGGAGAUACCACUUCCUCAUGAAUUUAUCCUAAAUCGGGAUCUUUUGGCUCAACUUUAUCCGAGUUUUGCCGCGGGAGCAACCCCAUUUUUUACCUUGAAUUGGUCAAAAUAUGGAGAAUUUCUAACUUUUCGUGGAGGAUUAGAUCCGGUAACUGGAGGUCUAUGGCUGACCGAUAUUAUACACCAUCAUUUAGCUAUUGCAAUUAUUUUCUUGAUAGCGGGUCACAUGUAUAGGACCAACUGGGGUAUUGGUCACAGUAUCAAAGAUAUUUUAGAGGCACAUAAAGGUCCAUUUACAGGCCAGGGUCAUAAAGGUCUAUAUGAGAUCCUAACAACGUCAUGGCAUGCUCAAUUAUCUAUUAAUCUAGCUAUGUUAGGCUCUUUGACCAUUGUUGUAGCUCACCAUAUGUAUUCUAUGCCUCCUUAUCCAUACCUAGCUACUGACUAUGGUACACAACUGUCAUUGUUUACACAUCACAUGUGGAUUGGUGGAUUUCUCAUAGUCGGUGCUGCUGCACAUGCAGCUAUUUUUAUGGUAAGAGAUUAUGAUCCGACUAUUCGAUACAACGAUCUAUUAGAUCGUGUCCUUAGACAUCGUGAUGCAAUCAUAUCACAUCUUAACUGGGUAUGUAUAUUUUUAGGGUUUCACAGUUUUGGUUUGUAUAUUCAUAAUGAUACCAUGAGCGCUUUAGGGCGCCCUCAAGAUAUGUUUUCAGAUACUGCUAUACAAUUACAGCCGAUCUUUGCUCAAUGGAUACAAAAUACCCACGCUUUAGCACCUGGCACAACAGCCCCUGGUGCAGCAACAAGUACCAGUUUGACUUGGGGGGGUGAAAAUUUAGUAGCAGUGGGCGGUAAAGUUGCUUUGUUACCUAUUCCAUUAGGAACUGCGGAUUUUUUGGUCCAUCAUAUUCAUGCAUUUACAAUUCAUGUAACAGUAUUAAUACUCUUAAAGGGUGUUCUAUUUGCUCGUAGUUCACGAUUGAUACCGGAUAAAGCAAAUCUAGGUUUUCGUUUCCCUUGUGAUGGACCUGGAAGAGGGGGGACAUGCCAAGUAUCCGCUUGGGAUCAUGUCUUCUUAGGACUAUUUUGGAUGUACAAUUCAAUUUCAGUAGUAAUAUUUCAUUUCAGUUGGAAAAUGCAGUCAGAUGUUUGGGGUAGUAUAAGUGAUCAAGGGAUCGUAACUCAUAUCACAGGAGGAAAUUUUGCGCAGAGUUCCAUUACCAUUAAUGGAUGGCUCCGUGAUUUCUUAUGGGCGCAGGCAUCCCAGGUAAUUCAGUCUUAUGGUUCUUCAUUAUCUGCAUAUGGUCUUUUUUUCUUGGGUGCACAUUUUAUAUGGGCUUUUAGUUUAAUGUUUCUAUUCAGCGGGCGUGGUUAUUGGCAAGAACUUAUUGAAUCCAUUGUUUGGGCUCAUAAUAAAUUAAAAGUUGCUCCUGCUACUCAGCCCAGAGCCUUGAGCAUUGUACAAGGACGUGCUGUAGGAGUAACACAUUACCUUCUAGGUGGAAUUGCCACAACAUGGGCAUUCUUCUUAGCAAGAAUUAUUGCAGAGGAUUUGAAAAUCAUUAUGGCAUUAAGAUUUCCAAGCUUUAGUCAAGGCUUAGCUCAAGACCCCACUACUCGUCGUAUUUGGUUUGGUAUUGCUACCGCACAUGACUUCGAAAGUCAUGAUAAUAUUACUGAGGAACGUCUUUAUCAGAAUAUUUUUGCUUCUCAUUUCGGGCAAUUAGCAAUAAUUUUUCUGUGGACUUCCGGGAAUCUGUUUCAUGUAGCUUGGCAAGGGAAUUUUGAGACAUGGGUACAGGAUCCUUUACAUGUAAGACCUAUUGCUCAUGCAAUUUGGGAUCCUCAUUUUGGUCAACCUGCUGUAGAAGCUUUUACCCGAGGAGGUGCUCUAGGCCCUGUUAAUAUAGCCUAUUCUGGUGUUUAUCAGUGGUGGUAUACAAUCGGUUUACGUACUAAUGGGGAUCUUUAUACUGGAGCUAUUUUUCUAUUGAUUCUUUCUACUAUAUCUUUAAUAGCGGGUUGGUUACACCUGCAACCAAAAUGGAAACCAAGUGUUUCGUGGUUUAAAAAUGCCGAAUCCCGCCUCAAUCAUCAUUUGUCAGGACUAUUCGGAGUAAGUUCCUUGGCUUGGACAGGGCAUUUAGUCCAUGUCGCUAUUCCGGGGUCCAGGGGGGAAUACGUUCGAUGGAAUAAUUUAUUAGGUAUAUUGCCGCACCCAGAAGGAUUAGGUCCAUUUUUUACAGGUCAGUGGAAUCUUUAUGCUCAAAAUCCCGAUUCCAAUAAUCAUAUCUUUGGUACCCCUCAAGGAGCAGGAACUGCUAUUCUAACACUUCUCGGGGGAUUUCAUCCACAAACUCAAAGUUUAUGGUUGACUGAUAUUGCACACCAUCAUUUGGCUAUUGCAUUUCUUUUUCUAGUUGCUGGCCAUAUGUAUAGAACUAACUUCGGGAUUGGUCACAGUAUAAAAGAUCUUUUAGAAGCACAUACUCCUCCGGGGGGUAGAUUGGGGCGUGGACAUAAGGGUCUUUAUGACACAAUCAAUAAUUCAAUUCAUUUUCAAUUAGGUCUUGCUCUAGCCUCUUUAGGGGUUAUUACUUCUUUGGUAGCACAACACAUGUACUCUUUACCCGCUUAUGCGUUUAUAGCACAAGAUUUUACUACUCAAGCUGCGUUAUAUACUCAUCAUCAAUAUAUAGCAGGCUUCAUUAUGACAGGGGCUUUUGCUCAUGGAGCUAUCUUUUUUAUUAGAGAUUAUAAUCCAGAGCAGAAUCAAGAUAAUGUCUUGGCAAGAAUGUUAGACCAUAAAGAAGCUAUCAUUUCCCACUUAAGUUGGGCUAGCCUCUUUCUGGGGUUCCAUACUCUGGGACUUUAUGUCCAUAACGAUGUCAUGCUUGCUUUUGGUACUCCGGAGAAACAAAUCUUGAUUGAACCUAUAUUUGCCCAAUGGAUACAAUCUGCUCAUGGUAAAACUUCCUAUGGGUUCGAUAUACUUUUAUCUUCAACCAACAGUCCGGCGUUCAAUGCGGGACGAAGCAUAUGGUUGCCUGGUUGGUUAAACGCUGUAAAUGAAAAUAGUAAUUCUCUAUUCUUAACAAUAGGGCCCGGAGACUUCUUGGUUCAUCAUGCUAUUGCUCUUGGUUUACAUACAACUACAUUGAUCUUAGUCAAAGGUGCUUUGGAUGCGCGUGGUUCUAAGUUAAUGCCUGAUAAAAAAGAUUUUGGUUAUAGUUUUCCUUGUGAUGGCCCGGGACGAGGUGGAACUUGUGAUAUUUCCGCUUGGGACGCAUUUUAUUUGGCAGUUUUCUGGAUGUUAAAUACCAUUGGAUGGGUUACUUUUUAUUGGCAUUGGAAACACAUUACACUAUGGCAGGGUAAUCUUUCACAGUUUAAUGAAUCUUCUACUUAUUUGAUGGGAUGGUUAAGAGAUUAUCUAUGGUUGAACUCUUCACAACUUAUCAAUGGAUAUAACCCUUUUGGUAUGAAUAGUUUAUCAGUCUGGGCAUGGAUGUUCUUGUUUGGACAUCUUGUUUGGGCUACUGGAUUUAUGUUCUUAAUUUCCUGGCGCGGAUAUUGGCAGGAAUUGAUUGAAACUUUAGCAUGGGCUCAUGAACGUACACCUUUGGCUAAUUUGAUUCGAUGGAGAGAUAAACCAGUGGCUCUUUCCAUUGUGCAAGCAAGAUUGGUUGGACUAGCCCACUUUUCCGUAGUGCACCUAUACGUCUUCAUCGACGUUGUUUUUCGACCGGAAGAUCGAGAGCUAAUUAUCGAGACUUUGGAUUAUCUGGACACAUACUUCGGGAAAUGGUUCAUGCAUGUUUCUUGCCCGGUGCAACAAGAUCCAAGCAACUUGGUAGCUCGCAAGGCUCAUAACCUUGAGGUUACGGGUUCAAAUCCCGUCUCCGCAACAUUUUGA